AUGAAGAACCAAACUAAAGACGGACUGAAAAAGCGCACUUCAGCGUAUCUGAAAAUGUUCACAGUCGUGGUUUUUGGCGAAGCAAGAGUUGGAAAAACGUCGCUGUGUAAAGCGUUUCUUGGAGAGACAUUUUCCAAUGACUACGAGCCGACAAUCGAGGACUUUUACUCCACACAAAUUGUCCAUAAGGAGAAAAACUACCAGGUUGACAUUAUAGAUACCUGUGGCACGGAGAAUUUUCCAGCCAUGAGACGGGUUGCGAUUAACAAGGCGGACGCAAUUGUGCUUGUUUAUUCAUUAGACAAUCCACUUUCAUUCGAACGCUUAGAGCAGCUCCAGGAUGAAAUACUUCAAGAAAGAGGCAAUAACGUUCCAGUUAUGGUUGUAGCAAAUAAAUCAGACGUUGUCUUAGAUGGACAUGCACUCGAAAUAACAACAAACGGUGGAAAACAUAUUAACACCAAAUACGUAGCGGAGAAAGAGUGGGGCUUUCUAUGGACAAUAACUUCAGCCAAAAUGGCCUGGGGAGUCCAUGACAUCUUCCAUGACCUCAUAGACGCCUUUCAUCUGCGGAGAUCGCAAUCGUUGCCAGCAAAAACAAACUCUUCUUGGCUUAGAAGAAGUCCUCUGUUGAGUACAUUCCGUCGCGGGUCGAGAUAGUUUAGUUAUAAACAGACUUGCACUGUAGCUAUAUGAAGACUAUCAGGAGAGAUUUAUCUGUAUCGCAAUUUUUCGUCGCCGCUGUUGAAUAUAUUGGCCAGUAGGUAUAUGUGGUAAUUCAGCUUUUCUUCAGGAAAGUUCUUCCUUUGUUUUUUAAUUUCGUUCUUUUUUAAUGGCUAUAAAUAGGGUUUUUUUCCUUAUCAAAACACAAUUUCAUUCGUCGUUCAAAGCUAAAGGAAAAGUUAGAUAGACUAACUAUUUGCAUGUUUUCCACAGCUAUCGAUGGGGUAACGUUACGUUACGUAAGGUAUACGCCACAAAGCAUAAACACAAACAAGUUUCAUGUUUCUCGAACUAUCUUGUUUCAGUUCUUGCACAAUCAAGUCGAAUUCUUAUAAAUUCUUAGAAAUUAAGGAAAUGUCGCUAGCCCAGAUGAGUCAAAUGAUAGUUAUUAAGUCUGGAAUACUUAGAAAAUUACUGUAUAGUAGAUUUUAUAAAUAGUUUUCAGUUGUUGUUGGUAAGGUCUCAAAAACUGAAAAAAAAUAUUAAGCAGAUAUGCCCUCCUAUCUGUAAAAAAAAACGUACAGUUAAUAAUAAUUUAUAGGCAAUAAAACAACAAACUUUCAGAAGAUAAGGGAUUGCUGGAGUGCAUUUAACGAAUGACGUCAUAAAAAAAAUAUAAGCGAGACCGUAAGGAUAUGGUCUCGCUUGGCUCGCCUAAGUCAGGGCAAAGGAGGAAACAAGUUUGGCAAGAAUUAAAUGAAAGACCUGACACUCAAAAACGAAAACUUAAAAAAGCAUAUUAUUAUCCUUCUCGCGGUUAAGGGGCUGAAAGUGAUCUUCAGUGGUGACGGUAUCCUAAAUUUAGAAGGUUGCUAAGUGAAUAGGCACGAAAAACAGUGAAGGGAAAGCGACCACGAUUUGCACAACAAAGCAAUAACUGAGGUCGUUGCCCAUGAUUAGUUUAAUUUGCAAGGACAAACCUCCUCAGGCUAUACACAUUCUGGUGUUUACGGUAUAUUUCUGUGGACUCUUGGUGGGCCAUUCAUCAUUCCUAAAUGAUGAACGUAUGUGCCUAUUUAAGAAAGCAGUAUGACACUGCAUAUUUUCCAACAAACUUCAAAAUGCCAGGUUUGGAAAAAAAAGAUACUUGAAUAACAGACUAAAAAAUCAUAACUAAUGAGAAAAUCAAGGAUUUCGGCUCGGUCUAGAGGUAGAAGGGGGCCGGGGUAGGGAUGGGGGGUAAGACGUGGGGGAUGGGGGUAAGAUGACGCUAUUGUGGCACUCGGCUAGAAAGUUUUAAAUGGUAGCGGUUAUCAACAAACAUGAUGUCUAGAUUUGGAGCGCAUAAUUUUACAUUUGAACAAAAGAAGAUUGAACGAGAUUCCUGAGAUAUGGCCUAAAACUGUUUAGAGAAAAAGCUAUCUAUAAUGAAGUCCGCUAUAUACUGUACUACAGAGGCAAGUAGCGCAUACUUACCCAGCAGAAGUUAACCCAAUCUCCCUCCCUCCCCUCCCCUCCUCGCCUCCAUUGACUCCGGUAGUUUAUUAAACUUUCCUUUGGAAUUUUGGACAUGCAAUCUAUGAGAAAUAGGUCUUUAAAACUUAAAUACCAUAGCCUGAGUAUCAGGCGUUUCUGGGGGAAAGGGGAAAGAUGGAAGCGAAAAGGGGAGCGAAAAGGGGAGCUUCUCCCCCUCCCCCCUCCCCCAUCUUCCCCAAGCCCCUUAGGAAGGCCUGAUACUCAGGCUAUAAAUACCACUCCGGCUCUUACUGCGCAUCACGAUAAUUACCAUGCUCCCUAAUAAGCUCCAACUGAGCAUCAUCAUAAACAGAGGGUCUGAAUGGGGUUAACAGACUAGCGACAAACAGCGCGGAAGUAUAACUGACCUGUACAGACAAAAAGAGGAAAAAAUUACAGACUACCGACAGGAAAAGUAUUAUCCGACAUGGUCCGAUAUUGUAGGGAUGUUUUUAGUCAGAAAUAAAUCGUACUUUUUAUUUCUCAUUCUUAUCAAAAGUAUGCAUGAGGGUGAAUGACUUUAAAUCACAAAUCACAAAUCAUCGUUACUUAUAGAAUUUCCUGUCAUCAACUUACUUGUAUCAAAUUGUUAUAAAAUCGAGUAGAUUCGAUUUCCGCUUUUUCCUGGCAUGUAUAGAUGACUUCCUAUUUUUUUGCAAGCAGCUCAAGCUCUGAGACCGUUCAAAUGGUGCGCCUUUGUUUCUCCUAAUUUUUCGGAGAAAAUCCAGGAAAGUGCGCGCUCAUUUCCAGGGGAAACAGACUUGAGUCACUAAAAAUAACUUAACUAAAAUGCGACCCAUCUCAAAGGCUAGCCUGGGCGUUUCCCCUUCGACCACUUCAUCUCUCUUGAUUACUUCGCUGGUCUGUGAACUGGGAAGAACUGGUUAAAGAUUGCUCAAAGUGGCGCAUACGAUCGCCCAGCUUAAACAAACCAGACUUUAGAUAAGGUUCUGUUGAAAUCAAAAUAUUGAUUAAUCUACGCGGAAUAAAGAAGUGUUACCCUUGUAUAGAGUUUAAACUGCGUCAAAUAACUAAUAUUAAUAAUUAACUGGACUCAAAAGUAGCAGCCCGGGGUGGGAGACAGUCAACCCCCUUUAAUACGGACACUGAAGGGGCAAUAGUAGGGGCGUAGCGUGAGAUUUUGAAAGUGUACACACAGGAAAAAAAUUGAGGGCACCAAAGGCGUUCCAAAUUAGGGUGGCCUUGCAGGGGCAUGGUCUCCCUAGAAAACUUUCUAAUUUAAUGUUCCGGAAAUGCCAGUUCCUGCGUAUUCAGCCAGACAUUUUCAGUGAAUUGAAUACGAAGGAAAAUGCAGCAGUUAGUCGUUAUUUGACCCAUCUCUUGACGGUGUGUUAUCGGUAAUAUACAGUAUUAAACGAAAAAAAAGGGGUAUAACAGUGACACCAGUACCAGCAAAGGGCGAGACGACUACCCUUCAAACCAACACAAAGACACCAAUAAUUAUAAAGCGAAAAAUUUAUCGGUCAUUCCGAUUUAAUGGUAAAAAUGCUUUCAGGAAAUGAAAAUACAAAAUAUUUCUUUUCCAGUUUGUGUCAGUAUUAAGCUGGCCCGCGGUGUCCGUGUAAAGCGAAGUCCGACUGGCUGCCUGCCAAUAAGGGGAUCUGACGCUGAUCAUGGUAUGAUUUUUGUCCUCUCUGUUCUAAACAGAGUGUAUAAUUUCGCGCGAGUCUGUUUCACUUAUAACCUGAUAAACAGGGUAUUCAGAGAACGGUUGAUUUAUUUUCUUUUCGAAAUUUUCUUUGCACUUCAAGUAUUCAAAAAGAAAUUACCAAUAAAUGACUUUAAAUCAAGACGGCAUGCAGAAACAGUCGAAACAGUGUAAUAAAAUUGAGGGUGUCGUCCCAAACAGCGUUUAAAUAUUUUGUCUUUUUGUAUGUUUGUUUGUUUGUUUGUUUGCUUUUUGUCUUACGGCGGGUCAGGGUUUCAAACCAAACAUUGGUCAAGCAACCUCCCCUUCCCUAUACCCCGAGAGUAGAAGUCGUACUUCCCUCGAUGAAAUUCAAUCCAGCUUGGGGGUACGCCACUUCCUUCUUACAAAUAGAAAGGACAACAAGCAGGAAAGAACAACUUAGUUUCAAAAGAUAAACAGCCUUCUCCCCCAAAACAAUCUGAGAACCACUAAAAUUAACAAUAGUAGCUUUUCCGCCAAAUCAUGUUUUAUUCAAACCGCAGCGACCAGUUGUGCUUGUUUCUGAUUUGUUCUCUUGUCUCUUUUCCCGACCAGUGUUCCCUGAGAGCUGUAAACAUCAGUUUGAUUGUAUCUUACGAAUACAGAGUGAAAGAACAGUUUUUUGGUCCUUUCGCUACUGUGCCAUUGUGGCUUGAUACACUGCACGUUCAUCGUGUUCGUGUUGGACAACAAGGUUAAAAGAUCGAUAGACGCCUCAAAGAGUAUACAUGUAUGUACGGGCCCGACCUUCAGUUUUUUAAAUAAAUAGGGCAAACUAUUCAUGAAGGCAUGCAUGUUUACAUACGGUAACUGAGAAGGUCAACGCUGAGGGUGGGUAAAAAAUGAAAAAGGGCAUUACCGAAAUAGAUCGGACACUAUCGAAUUGAAUGAUUUGAAACUCCACUUAAAACAGAUACUUGGUCCAGAGACUCCGAAAGUCGGUCCGUAAUAUGGGGACACGUAUUCCGUCCCUUUGAUGUCCAAAUAAAAGACUGUUUGACUGUAUUAUGCGCUUUUUUCGAAUAAGGGUAAAUAAAAGCAAGUGCAGACUGUCAACUUUUUCAGCCUGAAAAAUAAGCUAAAAAUACUGUGACUUGUUGCAAGGGUCAUGAUUUUUCCGUUAGACCCUGUUCAUCGCCUUUGCAUUCCUCACUUUGUAAUCGAACGCACGAGCUUGACUAUGUGUUGCUUUGCCUUUUAAUUAUAAGUCACGCUAGAUCCAGUUUGCAUCGACUGAGAAACGGCUCAAAGUCUCAACGUGGUGCACAGUUAUUAAGGCGUACCAAGCAAGAAAAGGUGGGGAAAAAAAGGGAAAGCUGGAAAAUUUGGCAUUUUUGUUCUUAUCCCAUUUUUGCCCCAUUUGUGGUGAAGAUACACUUUAAGAAUAGUGGGAUCUAUGGAAUUUGUUAAAUGGGGGCGCCGGUGGACCAGGUUAGUAAGCAACCUAAGGGAAAAUCCCUGGGGACAAGGUUGGUUGCUAAGGAAGAUAGAAGCGUGCGAUUUGUCUUGAGCAAAUGACAAAAUAUUUAGCAGCUAUUCUUGAGUGUUCAGUAAAUCGCCCAAGUUUAAGUUAAGGGCGUGGCAAAUUGAUAUCUUCUUUCCCUUUUUAGCACUUCACGUUUUGACAUUUCACCCAAGUAGAAAUCCUCCCUCUCGUUGAUUCUACCAUGCAUCUAGCUAGAUCAUACCACUGCAGUGACUGUUGGAACUGAAAAUGAAGGUGGGAGAUUUAAUUUUUACUCAAUAUGAUACUCCAUAAAAGUGGAGCUAGCGAGCGUGAAAUGGAAUGAGAUACAGUGGGCGGUCAGCUUAUUCAAAGAAAACCAUAAUCAUGGUGAUAAAAGCUCUUUGUUGCUUUAAACGUAAUCUUCUUAGAAUACACUGAAAGGGAAUUUGAGAUCCUUAUUUUCUUUUACUGGAGGCGUAAUUUCCUGAAGGACGUUUUUUUUGGGCGGCACUUCUCUAGAUAUCGCGAGCACAGUUUGAAGCAUUAACCAGGGGUGUGUUACCGCUCUGUGUUAUCCUGUAAAGUUAACACAAAAAAAGGACGUGGACAAAUUUAUUCAGCAUUUUCUAUGUCCUUAUCUAACGUGGAUGACAAAAUCGUUUGUUUCUUAGGCCGUUACGGAAAACGCACGUUUUUCUUUUAAUUUUGUUGGGUACUUCAUAAGAUUAGAGAAUUAGUUGUUUUAAUCUUGUACCGUCAUAUAAAGAUUCAUGUAUUUUAUGUUGUUCAGCUCCGGAAUUUUAAAACGGGCCUGAAGUAUAAAACCAAACAUAUUCGGUGAGGAAAUUGGGAUGUCAUUUGCUUGUUAGAAACCUUAUUUUUAGUAACAAAUUAAAAGAAAACUCACACGUAUAUAUUAGAAUGAGGUUAGGGCACUGUCAAUUUAUCAAGCACGUCUAUAUUUCUAGACUGAGAACAAAUUCAUCUCUUCAUGUUUAUCGCAGUUAUGUAAGUCUGUUUUCAUAGAUUAUGGCCAUUGGCCAGUCUCUCUGUCAAAACAAUUAUUACUGACGAAAAAUCAGUAAUAUUCGUGCUGGUGUGUUUUUCAAAACAUUGCUGAAAGCCAGAUUUCUAAGUUCUAAGCGCACUAGUACUGACAUGGUAAUAAGGUCGUACAAAUUAAGCGACCAUGUUUUUGUUGGCCUCCAGCCCAAAAGCCGGCUUUGCAUGAAAUGUUGAAAGAAACUCCUAGAGUCUUAAAGGCACAUCCUGAAAAUCCAUGGUUUAAAGUCGUCAAUUUUAUUUCUCCCUUAUCGCAAGAAAACUAUGCCCCCUAAAUGCAUUUCAUUACUUUCAACUUCUUCUUUCGAAGAAAUUGUAGUAUUCUCCGCAAAAUCUUCGGAGAGAUUCCGUAAAUCGAAUUUAGUAUCGACAGAAGCGGAUGCUGAUCAAACUGAAUGUCACUGAUCGGACUUUUGAUGGAAGAGGAUGAAUCGUCAUUGCUUGGUAAACAAAAUUUUUAUACCUGUCCUCAUUUCUUUCUCAAAAGGCUGAGCGAGGAGAAUUGUUGGAUUGGAUAGAUAUACAAAAGAAAACAGACAAACAAAUAACCUCUUCCGCAAUGAUCGGCAACUACCUUAAAAUUCCGAAAAUAAGCCCUGGGGCUUAUAUUUUUCAAAGGCCCUUUUUGAGGGGCUUAUUUGUGGAGGGGCUUAUCUACGGAGGGAAAUUUGCGUUUCAAAAUCGAUUGGGUUAGCCUUAUAGUUGGAAGGAAAUUUGCCGUUUUUGCUUUGUUUUACUUUGUAUUGAGGGCAAUUUUCCAAGUACAAGCCCCCGGGGGCUUAUAUUUGGAGAGGCGAUUUAACGGAGGGUUGGGGGGGGGGGGGCUUAUAUUCGGAGGGGCUUAUACAUGGAGGGGCUUAUUUUCGGAAUUUUACGGUAUUUUGUCUCUCUACUAUGGUGCUCGGAAACAACAGGAUCAGAGAAAUCAAUCUUUAUAUAGAGGUACGACGGUUCCAACAAUAAUCUGAAACCGUGAAGCCGAAAAGGAAAUUUGAUAUUAUGUCACCACUGUGAUUAUACUUUUUCACUCAAACAAGAUAACAUGAUGACUUUGAAAAAAAAUGCUGGAGAGGAAAGAUAAGAGACACAUAAUAUUAUUUUUAAGUUUUUGUAUAGGUGAACUUAAUAUUGUAUAUUUUCGCGUAUCAUAAUUUUGCCAGCAUUGGGCGAUGAAUCGAAGGUAUUAAACGGCCUUGAAAACUUGACCAAGCCGGUAUUUAGAAGUUUUAGCCCGAGAGAGCACAAUUUCAUUUCUGUCUUUAAAAAAAAACAGCAAAUGUAAUGUUUGCACCUUUUUCUGAUCAUGAGUUUCGAAAAUGGUCGCAAAAUUAAUUUCUGCAUUCUUUUCCAUUAAUUUAUUUCAGGGAUGCACCUGUUCACAUCGAUGCUAGAGUAUAAAUGAGCUACUGAGCCAUUUUUCACUCUCUUGGUGUUAUUAUUCAUGUCCUUGUCGUCAUUUUUUAAUGUGACUUUUGUUUUAGUCUCACCGAUCCACAAUUCUCAUCAGUCAGCUAAUAGCUUUUGGCCACGUUAAACUAAAUCAUGAGAGAACAUUCUUUUUUUCUCCGUGGCGAUGAAAUGUGGCGGUUUCUAUGUUGUGGUUCAAUUUUAUCCUUGGUUUAAAUUUUAUUUCCUUUUGUUUUUGGGUAUGGUAAUAUAUGAUAAUGAGUUUGAAACAAAAGAAAAUAGAAUUUAAACCGCAAGGAUAACAUUGAACCACAACAUCUACGCACUCUAAUGAAUUUUAAUUUCUCGUUAAACCCGAGACGUAAAGACCAUUCAGUAAUAGAAUAUAAAUUGAUUCAAUUGUUUUUUUAAGUUUGGAUAGCUUGUCUCUCCAAGUAAACACGCCUUGCUAUAAAUUGGCGCUUUCUCAUGAGCGCGCCCACUUCACUGGCCGUCUAGAACCGGUUCUGGCUGAUUGGAUAUUUUUUAAUUAAAUGUUUCGUCAAAAUUUUUAGGCUUUCCCUGCCUUGAGAAAAAAAUAGCUUGAAAGGCUAUAAAAUAAAUAGAACUUUUUUAGGAUGAAAAACAAACAACGCUGGCAAAUGCUUUGCUGCAGUUCAUUUAAAUAAUCGUAUUGUAGUUAAUAUUAUACAUAGACCGGUUGUUGUAAUAAACCGUGAGAAAUUUAACUUAAGUUUAUUGAGAGGAACACGCGCGUUGAUGAAGGUUUGUCAGGCUUUUUUGCAUAAUGACAAUGAUUCCGUAAUCAUAUCUCUAACUAAGUAAUAUAUUAGACGCAAAGUUUUUUUCAAGAUCAUCGGACUAAUCGAAACACUAAUCGCUUGAUCAAACUACAUUGUAGUUGUACAAAUUUUCCUGGCUGACAUAUGCAAAUCUUUGAUUGUUUUCAAAGUCUUUUUUAGGCCCUAAACAAAGAUUGCCGUGGAUUUGAUUAUUGUUCACUACAUCAUGUGGUCGCUUCGCAAUGUGCUAUGCUUCAGCAAGUUCUGCCACUUAUAAAUUGAAACACUUUGCGGUGAACUACAUUUCUGAAGAGAAAUAUCAAUCAUUGCCACGCCACGAAAAAGGUUAGAUGUCUUUUAAAGUCGUUUAAUCCUUGGAGACACAUAACUGGUGAAUAUUGAUGCAAAGAGUUAGCAACCUGGACUCAGCUAAAGAACUUCUACUGUUCGUCAGAAUUUGGAUCGCUUAAGAUUGUUCGAUCAAAGACGAAAUUUAUUGACAGCCGCGACUGAGUGACUCUGCGCUCUAGCGAUUCCUUGGACGAUCUUGGACAAGAUCGAAAUUACAAAGUUCACCAUGCCAAAAGUUAAAGAAGACAAAGAAAACGAUAAAGACAGUUAUCUGCAAAAGUUUACCAUCGCCGUAUUCGGUGACUCUGGAGUAGGUAAGACCUCGCUGAUCAAUCGCCUUGUUGGCUUGAAAUUUACCCUGGAACACAUUCCCACGGUGGAGGACUUUCAUGUCAAGCAUUUGGCUUUUCAAAACAAGACAUGUGAGCUUCAAAUCAUCGACACUUCAGGCACGUAUGAGUUUCCAGCCAUGCGAAGGGUAGCCAUGGACAAGGCGGACGCUUUAGUGUUAGUGUAUUCCCUAGAUCGGCAUGAUUCGUUUACAAAGCUUGAACGUUACAUGGAUGAAAUUCGCGCGAGUAAGUCCUCAACAAAGUGUUUCGAAAAGCCUGUUAUUGUAGUUUCAAACAAAUCUGACCUACCUAACAUGAGCGAACCAAGGUUUGUGGACAAACGAGGGCUCAAUGUUCAUGUCAGCCUGCACCUCCAGGUCAAAUAUGGAUGUUUCUGGGUAGAUACGUCCGCCAAAACAGGCGACAACGUGGAAGAUGCCUUUCACAAAGUUUUGGAUCACUUACUAAACAACUGUGACAAGAGGCGGAAAAUAUCACAAACAAAUCGGCCAAGAAGGAUCAGUUCUUUGUUAUACGGCAGAAAGAAGAUAUCUCGAUAA